GAUUCCCUCUUCCACAUGUCGCGAGAUAAGAGCCUCAGGAAGCCGCCAUCCUAUCUCUCCAAGAUAAGCCCAUUCCGUGCAUUAAACGGGUGCCUCCCGUUCUCCUCUCGCUAUUACCAGAACCAGAGAUCGGAGAGAGCUUCCUCCAUGGCUUCCGUCUGUGCUUCCUCCUCUGCAGUUGCAGCAGUCGCCAGUUCUCAGAAGAAUGGAGCUGCUCUUGCCGCGACCAAGGCAUCGUUCCUUGGUGGAGGAAGGAAGGUGAGGCAGGGAAAGUGGGCGACAAAAACUGCUCGCCGGGCCUUCUCGGUGUCCGCUGCAGCUGUGCCUGAGAGACCGCUUUGGUUCCCAGGCAGCACCCCUCCGCCAUGGCUGGACGGCAGCCUCCCGGGAGACUUCGGCUUUGAUCCCCUGGGCCUUGGAUCCGACCCUGAGAGCCUGAGGUGGAACCAGCAGGCGGAGAUCGUCCACUGCCGGUGGGCGAUGCUGGGAGCCGCCGGGAUCUUCAUCCCGGAAUUCCUCACAAAGAUCGGCAUCCUCAACACCCCUUCAUGGUACACCGCCGGCCAGCUGGAGUACUUCACCGACACCACCACCCUCUUCGUCAUCGAGCUCAUCUUGAUCGGAUGGGCCGAGGGGAGGCGGUGGGCGGACAUCAUCAAGCCCGGGUGCGUCAACACCGACCCCAUCUUCCCCAAUAACAAGCUCACCGGCACCGACGUCGGCUACCCCGGCGGCUUCUGGUUCGACCCCCUCGGCUGGGGCAGUGGCUCGCCGGAGAAGGUCAAGGAGCUAAGGACCAAGGAGAUCAAGAACGGGAGACUCGCGAUGCUGGCGGUGAUGGGGGCGUGGUUCCAAGCCAUAUACACCGGCACGGGUCCCAUCGACAACCUCUUCGCCCACCUCGCCGAUCCUGGCCAUGCAACAGUGUUCGCUGCUUUCACCCCCAAGUGAAUCAGUGUCGGAGCUGUCUCAAAAUAGCGGUGCAAUAUUGAAUGCUUGAAUGUAACCUCAAAACAGAUUCAUCUUUCUGCUGAUGUAUUAUUAUAAGUAGCAAUGGACAGUUCACAUGUUGCUUCA